AUGUAUUUGAGGUGUAUCUGCAACGGCGAAGGAAUGAAGUCCGUGAGCUCUCUCUCGCAGUUACACAACGAGGCUGAAAAAUUGUUUGGGCGGCGUCUGUUUUUCGCUGUUGAUGAGGAGUUUGUUUAUUCCCUGCACUGUCCUCCACCGACGGAAACACAGCGCGCAGGCGGCUCUGUUUUUUCUGUACUCUACCGUGAUUUGGUGCAGCGCACAUGUUUUCGUAAAUCUAGCGUGUCAACGGGCAUACCGCGGCUCCUGUUCUCGUAUGUGGCGGAGGCCGUUCUCUCUAGCCGCGAUGGAGAGUUUAUGGGACCGUUGUGCUCGCCUUUGCGGAAGUCCCACACGGCGAUGCUGCGCUCCAACCAGUACUUUUUGACGGAGAAGAGCGAUGGCGUCCGUGCCAUUUUGGUAUCGUUUUGCGUGCAUGCUUUUCCGUGUUGGGUAUUUCGGGACGCUGAGGGUCCGAGUUGCAACAUCUUACGUCUCGAUGAUGUGGCUGCAUUGGAAGAAAUGCGGCAGCAAUUUUUUCAGAGUGCCACUUCACAGAGCAAUUCUCGAUCAUUACAGAUAUCCAUUGGUUCCUUUUAUAUUGAGGGCGAAGUAUCAAAAACAUCCAACUGCGAGAUGGAAAAAUUUACUUUAAAAUUGUGUCCGGAAUCUAAUUCUGGAGCCUUCUCUAAUGGGAAUAUUAUCAUGGCGGAACGAACUCUGGGUACACGACAUAUGGCUUAUUGCUUUGAUCGUUCCAUGGAACAGGCGUAUCUUUUAUUAGAAGAAUAUGCGGCCCCCACACUUUCUGCGUUUGCCGUUGAUGGAGAAAUGAUGCUUGCGUUGCGUGAUUUGAAAACGAAGGAGACGAGACCAAUUUACAGUUGUUUUGAUGUUUUUCGGUAUACUCCAAUCAAGGAUGCAGUUGGUACGGGUGUGUGUCUGACGCGUUGGCCGAUGUCCAAACGGUAUGAUGUGCUGAGGGAUCAUAUUAUUGCUUCCAUACACGCCUCCGAAAAUUUGCGUACCCAAAAGCCGUUGUUACAUGUGUUUGCCAAGGAGAUGUUUCCCGUUAAAAACUUUGGCGAAUGUGUUGCCCGCCUUCGUCGAGCUGAUACAAGUGGAAAUACAGGAGGUGUGUUGUAUUACUACGAUGGGCCCCAUGGAUGGACAGUGAGCGAUGGAUUCAUCUUUACCCCGGAGAAGUUUGAUCUUGUUCACGGGGCAAGUAAAGAACAACUCAAGUGGAAGUGGCCAUCCAUGCUGUCCGUGGACUGGAGUCUUGCCGCUAUUGAGAGCCGCACCGAUGAAUAUGUGGUGGAUUUAUUUUUUCGUAAGAGACGUUUUGGUCAUCGUCCUGACAGUGUCGGCCGCUCACGUCUAUCUUCUGCUAUGCGUCUUUUGAAUCCAUUUUCGCUCCGAAUACCGACAGGGAGGUCUGUUGUUGCGGAGUGUGUGUUCGAUCGUCACAAGAAGAGCUGGUCAAUCGAGCGUUUAAGAACGGAUAAGUCUGAGCCAAAUUCCGUUGUCACUGUCAUUUCCGUGUUGGAGAGUCUUGUGGAGGACAUCACACUGGAUGUGCUGGUUGGUAUGCUUGGUGUUGAGGACACCGUUUCCAAUAGAGAUUUAAAGUCACUACAGGAAGCCAUAGAUUUGGAAGAGGAGGGGAAAAUUGUUUCUGCACCUGAAUCACCCAUUGAGAAGAAAACAUGCCAGUUGACUCUUCGAGCUACGCAGUCACAAAUGCAGGGUGAACAUGAGAUUCAUCUGUACUGGACAGUUCGAUUGUUGUCUGAGAAGCAACACAUUCCAUGCAUUCACUGUAAAGUAAGCGAGUGCUCUGGUUUAGGUUUUGCAUGUCCAAUGGAUGAUGAAAGAUCAAAGCUUACUGAGAACUUGUACAUUGAGUUGGCGAACGCGGGGGGGAGUUACGCCUGGUCCGAUUUUACGGUCAGUGCUUUAUUUGACGGCGAUACGGGACGGUGGAAUAUUGUUUCUCUUCAUUCCAAAGGUGACAAUCGAAAGUCCACAUCUGUGGGUGUGAUUGAGCAUCUUCAGUGGCUUCUGGUGCAUGGACGCGAAAGGGUACUGGAUGUCAUGCCUGUUGUGAACACGCAAAAACCACACGGUAUGAUGGGGGAGCCUAUGGGGGAAUUGGUGGAGAAGAUAAACAGUCAUUACGCCUGCAAGACAAGGGAGUUACUCUCUGGAAAGAAUCGGAGCGUGUUGAGAAAAUUUAAUAAUUGGGUAAAGAAUGUGUUGAUUGGCAAUGCUGUCUCUUAUGCUCAAUCACGCAGUGAUAAAGACUCUGAGUGUGGUGAACUUGCUGUGGCAGACGUAUGUUGUGGUCGUGGUGGGGAUCUCUUUAAGUGGAGGGCCCACAAUCCUCGGUAUUUAUUUAUGGUGGACUCCUGUUUAGAGGCUGUUGCGGAGGCUGCCGGACGCUAUUCCGUUUCAAAGGGCUUGAGUCUGAGGAUUGUGCCUCAAGACAAAAGUAGUGUUGGUGUUGUAGCGUACUUUACGGUUUGUGAUGUGUUUGAUGAGGCGGGUGCGUUCACGGUUAAAUUGGACGAGUUUUUCAAUCAACACUUGAAGGAGAGGCGCCUGGACAUUGUUUCUUGUCAGUUUUCACUUCACUACGGCUGUAGCACGGAGCAACGAAUGUCUUGUUUUCUCCGUGCUAUUUCCAAGGCGUUGCGUCCGGGUGGUGUGUUUUUUGGUACGACGGUAAGUGAUGUCGAGCUGCUUCGUCAAGUGGCUGAGCAUGGACCUGUCUUUGGCAAUAGUCUUUACAGCGUGAGGUUCCCUUCAGAGACUCCUCCUGACCCGUCUUUUGGGGUGCAAUACUUUAUUUCUGUGGAGGAAAGCGUAAGUGAACUUCCAGAGUAUUUGGUGCCAUGGAAUCGCCUUGUCGCGUUGUGCAGUUCUGUUGGUCUUCUACCGGUGGAGUCAUUGGGGUUCAUGGAGUACAGUGAUAUGCACUACAAUUCCCCCAUUGGCCAGAAGUUGCGUGAUGCUGUUUUGAGGGGUGGGAAGCGAGACUCGGACGGUCAUGCCUUGCUGCAGCUUUCUUCAGAGGAGAGGGAGGCGGCGUCGUUAUUUCGAACAUUCUUUUUUGUUAAAAAUCUGGUUGAAAAUGAGGCAUGUUUUGUGAAUAAUUGA